AUGGCCUCGUCGUACGUGCUGCCCGUAGAGGUCACGCCCAGCCAGCCCAUUUCUGCGCUAGCCUUCCAAUCGCUCAAAGAUGCCGGCGCGGACGGCAAUCAGCUUCUGGUAUCAAGCUGGGACAAGGUGUGUGUAUGCGAUACAUCUCUGCAGCUUCUGAAUCGCAAAGCUGACGCCUCGCGGCGAUCUCGCAGACAGUGCGCCUUCUGAAGCUAGCGCCCGCUUCUGCCGCUUUCUCCAAUGAGGCGGCCGCCCAAGCUGCUGUGGUGCACGCUUAUCAGCAUGAAGCUGCCGUGCUAGAUGUAUGUUGGAUCAGUGAGAAGCUUGCUGCCAGCGCUGCGCUAGACAGGAGAGUUAGGCUGUAAGUCUCUUGCAACGCCGUCCGUGGUAGUGAUGAACACUGCUCAGAUUCCCUUGCCGCAUGUCUCUCAGACUGGACACUCACACUGGGCAGAGCAACAUCAUCGGCAAGCAUACAAAUGCCGUCAACACCAUCAGAUACUGCCCAGAUACGAGUGAGUGAGAGCGGGAUAGCAUCAUGUCGAACAUUGCUGACACGCGCUGCGCUGCCGCGGUCCUGCUGCAUUUCAGAGCUCUUGAUAACCACAUCAUGGGAUCAGACGCUGCAACUGUGGUCUGUGGAAGAGGGACCAAGCAGUGCUCCUCGAUCACUGCAUACUAUUGAGCUUCCUGCAAAGCCUCUAGCGGUGGAUAUCUCCACAGCGCCUCCGUCAGAAGCGUCUACAUCAUCAGAUUUCGUGCCACGACUAGUCGUUGCCAUGACCACUCGCAGGGUGCAUGUGUACGAAACCAGGAAGCUCAGAGCAGCUUGCGAUAGGCAUGCCACAAAGGAAGACGAAGCUUGGAAGCCUGCACAAGUCCGAGACAGCAGUCUCAAGUUCAUGACUCGAGAUCUGAAAUGCAUGCCGGAUGGCACAGGUGAGCUCGGGCUUCAAGUCAAUUGCAUGACAUGCACUCGUCAAGCUGACCCAAUGCCCGGCUCUCUACUUGGUCAGGCUUCGCGGCGUCGUCGAUUGAGGGUCGUGUCGCUGUAGAGUUCUUCGAGGAUGACGGAUCGAAGAAGUACGCGUUCAAGUGCCAUCGACAGGUGGUAGACGGCGUCGACACAGUCUACCCUGUCAAUGCGAUGUGCUUUCACCCCACGUGAGUGUCUUGCUGCGUGUUCUGCGCGGGAAACACAUUUCAUUGGUACGUGUGUUCACAUGAUGGCUAAUCUGCGGCACAUUCGUCGAUCUACCAGACACGGCACUUUUGCCUCCUUGGGAGGAGACGCCUUUGCAGCCGUUUGGGACGCAGCUGCACGAAAGCGGCGGAUGCUGUACCAACGCUUUCCAUCUCCACUCAGCGCGGGCGCCGUCUCGGGAGAUGGUCUUCUCUUCGCAGUCGCGAGCGGGACAGAGAACAUCGAAGAUGCGCAGCAUGGCGGAGAGGUUGGAGGAAUCGGCAAGGGGGGCGAAGGAAAUGUCCGGAUACAUAUCCAUUCGGCUGUGGAGGACUUCAAGGUAAGAGAGUCGCAUUUCGAUCCCUGUUGAUCAAGCCACUCUGACGCCAACUGAUGCCCAUUGACAACCCCACACAAUCUGUCCAAAGCCGAAAGUCAAGGUGGCGGCGUGA